CAGAUCAAUCAAAUCUGAUUCAAAACAUGCUUCAAAAAACUAGCACAUUUUCGCGCCAUCUUAGCUUUCAGAAGCAGCAGCGGCGGCCUCUCAAGGAGCAACUCUUGAUCAUCUUGAAGCAAUGUGUUUCCACCAAAACAGUUCAACAAAUUCACACUCAAAUGCUCAUAAACUCUGUAGAACAACCCAAUUUUUUACUAGCUAAGCUCAUCGAUCUAAAAGAUUUCAGUUACUCCUGCCAUUUGUUCACUUCGAUGCACGAACCAAAUGAUUAUGCUUUCAAUGUCAUGAUUCGUGGACUAGCAACGGCCUGGAAGAGGUUCGAUCUUACUUUAGAACUCUAUUAUAACAUGAAGGUUUUAGGUAUAAAGCCCAAUAAUUUUACGUACCCGUUUUUGUUUAUUGCGUGUUCAAAUCUUUUGGCGGUUGAACAUGGUAGAUUAUCUCAUAGUAUGGUGUUGAGAAGUGGGUUAAUGCUGGAUGGUCACGUGAGGCAUUCGUUGAUUACUAUGUAUUCAAGGUGUGGUUAUCUGGGGUGUGCACGCAAGGUGUUUGACGAAAUUACUGACAGAGAUUUGGUGUCGUGGAACUCGAUGAUAUCUGGGUAUUCAAAGAUGGGGUUUCCUCGGGGUGCUUUGGAAUUGUUUGAGAGGAUGAGGGGUGAAGGAUUCGAGCCCAAUGAAAUGACUUUGGUUAGUGUUCUUGGGGCUUGUGGGGAUUUGGGAAAUUUGAGUUCAGGGAGGUUGAUUGAGGAUUAUGUUGUGGAUAAUGAGAUGAAGGUGAAUUCUUAUAUUGGUUCAGCUUUAAUUGCCAUGUAUGCAAAGUGUGGAGCUUUGGUGUCAGCAAGGAGGAUCUUUGAUAAAAUGGCCAAGAAAGAUUUGGUAACUUGGAAUGCGAUGAUUACCGGAUAUGCUCAAAGUGGAUUAUCAGAUGAAGCCAUUUCAUUAUUCAACAUCAUGAAAGAGGAACAGGUAAAUGCUAAUAAUAUCACAUUGAGCGGAGUUCUCUCCGCCUGUGCCUCAGUCGGAGCUCUAGAUAUCGGGAUUUCAGUCGAUACAUACGCAUCAGAAAGAGGUUUGCAACAUGAUAUAUACGUCGCCACUGCUUUAAUUGACAUGUAUGCCAAGUGCGGGAGAGUAGACCGUGCAUCUAAAGUUUAUGAAAACAUGCCUUUCAAGAAUGAAGCCGCAUGGAAUGCCAUGAUUUCUGCACUUGCUUUCAAUGGACGGUCUAAAGAGGCUAUAUUACUAUUUAACCAAAUGUCUGAAGAUAGGGUUGUUCGCCCGGAUGAUAUAACAUUUGUAGCGGUUUUAUCUGCAUGCGUGCAUGGUGGAAUGGUCAAAGAAGGGCGUCGAUUAUUUGAUCUAAUGAACCCCUCUUUUGGAUUGGUUCCUAAGAUUGAACACUAUACGUGCAUGGUAGAUCUUUUAUCUAGAGCGGGUUUGGUAGACGAGGCAUGGGAUUUUAUUCAGAAAAUGCCUGAAAAACCUGAUGAAAUUGCAUUAGGUGCGUUGCUUGGGGCUUGUCAGAAAGCUCGGAAUCUAGAUGUUAGUGAAAAGGCGAUGCAGCUUUUACUGGAUAUCGAGCCUAGGAAUUCUGGGAACUAUAUAAUUUCAUCACAUAUAUAUGCAGGUUCAAAGAGAUGGGAUGAUUCUGCUAAGAUGAGAUUACUUAUGAGACAAAAUGGUGUGACCAAAGUUCCUGGUUCUAGUUGGAUCGAGAUUGAUGCUCGGGUUCAUGAGUUUCAUGUUGGUGAAUCUUUACGUACCGAAGAAAUCCGCCAAAUGCUUGAAGUUUUAUAUGAUGAGAUGAAACCGGAAGGUUCCAUGGUGAAUAGCAACGGUUUGAAAGGCGAGGAUAAGAAGGUUCCUGUCAAUCUUGAAGCUUAUUAGGGAUCAAAUGAUUAUUCAUUAUGAAUACAAGGGAAUGCAGGAAGAUGUUGAUCAUCCAUUCAUUCGGUCUCUUUAUUGUAUGCUAAUUUGCUCAAGAAAUUGAAAGUUCAUGCUGAAAAAAGACUUAAAAUGAUGACAGAAGUGUUUAACAAAUUUGAGAUGAGAGACAGAGAGACCGGCAACCCGACCAGCCCCACACGGAACCCACCCCUAGGAACCACAAGCAAGGGGACACUUCAGAGCUGACUCAGCGGCUGAGGCUACAGAACGGUUCAAGCCAUUCUCCUUCAUGAUUCGAACUUGAACCCGUUGUCUAUUUGAGCAAAAUCGCUUUGCCAGUUUGCCAACUGAGCUACAUGACAGGGGAAAACUGAAAGGCAUAUUGAAAUUCAGUAAUUGCUUUAUUCACAUAUGAAUAUAGGAUUCAUUAAUAUUCAUCAAUUAUAUGUAGGCAUCCUUAAUUUUGGCCAUUAGGGAGAUACUGAGCUACAAAGCAUUCUUCAAGAUUGCAUCUUUUACUUGUAUAAUACAAACCUCAAUGAA